GCGAUGCGGUACAGAGCUUAAUUUAGCCUCCGCCCCGCUAUUGCGUCUCAGACCACAUUUUCGGAUCAAGCAUAAAUUGGCUCUUAGCCACGGCCUCGCGAGCAUUACAGGUGCGCGCCAACAGGUGAUUUUGAUUCGAUUGUCACAUAAUUCCUCUUCUCUUUUUCUGAAUGGUUUAGUCAACAUAUGUUGCAAUUUGGCUACUUUAGGUUUCAACACAACAAGAAAAAUGGAUCGCUCAAAGAAUUCCGUUGCAAAGAGGAGAAACAGAAAUGCAACCAAAGGGAAAAAAGUUACUCACAAGUCAAAUGUUUCACCGGCGAUCAGUAGACUCAUUCAAGACACUUCAAAUCAUAUUCCAUUGGGACGACAACUUCAGAGGACGCCGCCAACGUCAGAGUUGAAAAUAACUUGGCCUUUGAGCUUUGAAACACAAACGAUUGAAACCACCCCUGGGCAAGAACCCUUGUCUCCUGCGCUAAAUAUGACCAUGGACCUUAACACAAUUGAGCCUGCAGAAACGGAAACGUGCCGACGGUCUCGCAUCACUUCAAGCACACUCUGUUCAGGCAGUGUGCUGGAAGAGGACCCCUACUCAUUGAUAAGAGACAUGCAGGGCUAUGAGGUUACCCCGGCAGACCUUGUAUUCCUGAAGAGAGCCAGGCAGGAGAGGCAGAUCAACGCCUUACAGAGAGAGCUGGAUGAGUUACUGAGGCAGCAGAGGAACCAGAUGCUGGCCAGGAAUCUGUCCUUGGCCUCCAGAGAGAAGAUCCAAACUGACCUUGACGAGGUCCUGUCCUGUGAGCAGACUGUUCAAAUGGGGCAAGUGUUCCUCUCGAGGAAGCUGAGCUCAACGGAGGUAGAGGCCCUGGACUCCAAGUCCCUCCUGGCCCAGAUAAAGACUGCUGAUGUCCAGCAAGCUGUAGAGGAGGAACAAGCUGAGAUCACUGAGCUAGAGGACAGAGUGGCCAGAGCCCUGGAGCUCAGAGAGAGAGGGGAGCAAAGACAACAGGAGAUUGAGAAUCGAAACAGAGCCAUCCUCACGAAAAAGGCAAAAAUCAAACAUCUGAUGAAGGAACUAUCAGAGCUCAAAUCCCAACUGGCUGGGGCAGAGGAGUCUUUGCUAACCAUUCAAGGCAAGAUGGACACUUUGAAAGACACAGAAAAAGAGGAAGACACGGGUCCCCAGGAGGCAUUGCAAGUCGCCCCAAGCCAAGCAAAAGCUCCCAAGGCACCCAGGACAAAAAGGAAUGGUGGAGAAACAAUUACCCAACAGGUUUCUCAUGUCCGAAUUAAAGCUGAAAAUACACCUACCAUAGUUGGAGAGUCCCAUAUGGCCAGUAUUCUCAGACGAUCUACGAGAAUAGCUACCAAGAAGAGCUGCGUUGAGAAUAAGCCUGUUUUGAGGAAAACUCGCCCUGUCAAAGCAAGCAUUUCACUUUGAGAAUUUUUCUCUUUUCCUGGAACUUUUGAGUGUUAAGGAGUUGUUUUCCACUGCUUGUUUGGUACUGUGGUUAGGUUUCCAUCCAGUUGGCAACAGAUUUUAAUGCAGAUAGUCAAAAUUCCGCACAGAAACAAUAUAUGCAUUUUUCCCACCAGACGUGCUUUCAUCAAACUGACUUUUUAGCGGAUAAAAUGUUGUAUGACAGUGCACAUAACACUUUUGCGCUUAUGUUUUCAUGUACAGAAUAAAAUAGAAGUUUUAAUGUGUUUCCAUAGCAUUUUAGAAAUAGCCUACUUGCCCAACCUGGUUUUUGGCCCAUUCGCUAUAGACUACAGUGUGCUGAUAAAGUGUACAGGGUAGGUUAUACACUGAGUGUACAAAACAUUAAGAAGCUCUUCCCAUGACAGACUGACCAGGUGAAUCUAUGAUCUCUUAUUGAUGUCACUUGUUAAAUCCACUUCAAUCAGUGUAGACGAAGGGGAGGAGACCGGUUAAAGAAGGAUUUUUAAGCCUUGAGACAUGAAUUGUGUAUAUGGGCCAUUCAGAGGGGAAUGGACAAGACAACUGAACAGGGUAUGGUAGUAGGUGCCAGGCGCACCGGUUUGUGUCAAGAACUGCAACGCUGCUGGGUUUUCCAUGCUCAACAGUUUCCCAUGUGUAUCAAGAAUGGUCCACCAGCCAACUUGACACAACUGUGGGAAGCAUUGGAGUCAACAUGGGCCAGCAUCCCUGUGGAAUGCUUUCAACACCGUGUAGAGUCCAUGCCCUGACGAAUUGAGGCUGUUCUGAGGGCAAAAGGGGGUGCAACUCAAUAUUAGCAAAUUGCUCUUAAUGUUUGCUAUACUCGGUGUAUGAUGAGAUAUGGAUAAAGGCAGCCAAUCACUGUUCAUGUCACCCGCAUCAUUCAAAUGAUGGCCUAACCUCAAUAUUUUUGCAUGAAAAUUUGCAUGAAGCUUAUCACUGUGGCGUGCAUUUAACCACCAGUUAUUGAAACAACAACAAAGCAGCCACCCCGGCUGCGUUUUGGUGAGAAACUGAGGGAAGGGGCUGGAGAAAUAUCACCACUCAAAUUCAUAGACUGAGCUAUGGAUGCAAGCAGUGACCAUCCAUGAUAACAACAUUAUAGUUUGAACCAUGUUUUGAAGCUGUAGUGUUGUUGUUUUUUUACCAAUACUUUGAGUAAAACAAGCUCAUAUUUGGGGUUCUGAUGGGGUAUGACAGAACUAGGGUCAUUAGUAAGUUAUAUUCUUCAAGGUGUAAUGGGUAUUCAGUAUAUCAUUCAUUUAGAAGUCCAAAAAUGGAUGUAGCAACUAAGGAUUCCAGCAACAAAAAAAUCAAGAUGUUGAGUGAAAUUGUAUUCUCCUUUUCAUCUAUUCUAAAUUUGUUUGGCUCUGUGUACAGAUUGAUCCUCUUGUACCUUUGAUCAGAUAUAUUGCUGAAUAGACAAAUACUGUUAUUACUGGAAUAGAAUCUUCUAGAAAUUGAUUUCUCUGAGACCAGUGUUUUCAGAUCUAGAAUAAUAGAGCCCUCUUGUGGACACUUUGGAAUCUGACAUAAUGCAGGAUCUGUUAGUGUAAUUGGUAUGUAUAGUUGUGAACUCUAGAAUGUCUACAGUGAAGGCCAGGGAUAUUUCUGCUGAUGCAUGUCUUUCUGUGUGCCAAGUUGGCGACAGUCCAGUCAAGCCCUGGACGAGUUUUAAUAUGAAGGAAACUGAUGUCCUGCUGCAUAUGAUCAUAACACUGAGUCAUAACCUUGGCCUAUUGGCGAGACCAGUGUUCAGAUUAUCCUCAGUGACCCUGUAGCUAAGGGGCAUCUUAUACACAUUUUGACGUCACUCCUCUUCAGAAGCAUGAGAACACACAGAUGCUCUCACUCAUCUGGUGUACAGCAGCUCGGCCCAGUGGAGAGGGAACAGUAGGAAAUGGGUGGUGAACAGCAGAAUUACCCAGAACUCCCAGUUAUUCUUGGCUACCAGACAAGGGAGCUGAGACGAGGAACGAGAUGGCUGCCAUAUUGUUAACAUAUCACAAUCAAGCCUUCUGUGUCUUUUAGAAGAGUGGAGGAACCCGUCCCAAAUUUCUGUCCACUUUAUUUCAGUUGGAGCAGAGAAUUUGCACAUUUUCUUUAGACAUGUAGAUUUAGAAAUUGUUGAAAUGCUGUUGACGUUUCCCAGACUUGCCCUGACAGUUUCAUGCCACACUGCAGUAUUCCAGUCAUCUGAAAGAACAAUUUUCUUAUUCUUUAUCCGGCGUGAAAGUUUACCGUCUUUCUCACUCCUCUGCUCUCCUGUCUUGAUCUCGAGGUCUGGGAUGUAAUGCUAACUGUGCUGUUCCACAUUGACAUGCAUUUUCAGUAAACUGUGCAGUGAGUUAUUUACUCACUGAGAUUAAAUAGAAUUCAAAUUAUAUUUUUGUGUAAGCAUGCAUGCAGCAUUUUCCCAUGCAGAAUUUUCCUGUUGUGCAGAUUUGAUUGAAUGCAUCCCUAGGUUCCCUCGGUACAUACAGUAUCUGUUGAAGUGGGUCAGGCCCCUCCACGGACUGAUGUGGUGUAUUUCUAGAUCACCUAGUCCUUUCUGUUUGGCUCUACUGCUUUCCGUGUGAAAGGAGACCGAUUACCAGUAUGUGGCCUUGUAUUUAAAGUAGUGCUGGCUGUACAGUUUGCUCUGGUUGGAUUGACUUGUAGUUCCCUCUUCAGAAGUGCUUGACGGGGUGAACACAGAUGCCCUAUUCAUCAUCCAGCAGGCCUGUCCUCUGCCGUCCCUAGUCAAGACAAGAACCAACAUGCCACCCUCUGUCUUUGUGCUCUGUGCCAGCAGAUCAAAGUCGAGAGGGACAGGAUGCAGCUUUGACAGGAACCAGGCUUAUAUCUUUACUGUUUGGUUGUUGUCCUGGCGAGUGACGUAAACGAGUCCCUGCUGCUAGCGUACAUCAAGGAAUUUAUAUUUCUGCUACAGUACCUUUUUGUUCAUUUCAAAAUUGAAUCUGUCGCAGAUGACAUCAUGGUAAUGAUGGAUGGUUGUUUGCAACCGGUGGUCACAUCUGUCAAUCAGGACAGAUUUUCUGUUGAAGGACUGCUGUGUAUAAACAUAGUAGGCUGAUACAGGCAGUCAGGCAAACUUGCUCGUUACUGUCCCAGCCAUAUCCAUUCCUCCCCCUUACACUGUAAUGCUAAUUAGCAUAGUCAUUUGACAUACUGUUGCACAGCGUCAGUAUGGUGUGGCAUUGUUCGGGGGGGGGGGUGUGAUGAUGCAACGUGCAAUCUGACUCUGCAGGGUUCAAUCAGCGUCUCUCUGCCUGUUUAACUUUCCUCCUCUGGCUCCAGACCCCCAGUGUUUCAUAUGACAUCUUUACUAGACAGCUGCGCUGCCCAGUCGGCUUGUCCUGGAGUCGUCUGUCUCAACGAGCCUUUGUAGAGGCCAGGGUAAGUGAUCUAUUACCCUCGGUCUGUGAGCCCUGAGCUGAGCUAACUCAACCCUCUGGCCUUUUGGAAGGGAGUGGUGGAUCUACCUCCAUGAACCCACUCCCCUGUUCUCUGUCCAGGCCAAGAUGAAGGACAAUGGGACCAGGCCUCUCUGACCAGAUGGUUGCUCUGUAAAAAGAGUGAAGGUUAUAAAAGAUGAUUGUGAAACUGCAGGACAGCAAGCGCAUGAGUCCAUGGUCUGAAUAUGCAGGGGUAUAUGUACUGUAGUUUGUUUGGAUCAGAAACUCUAUCUCCAGACGCUCACUAGCUUGUUUUGGGCUGUUCAGCUAGGUUCCGCUGCUGCACAUUUCAUUAACCUGAGGUAGUCCGUGCCUGAUUCCACAUAUUCAAACCCUUUGGUACAAGGAGACGCUAAUCUGGAGUGAAAUGCAGAUUCUGUGAAAUGGAUGCUGCUGUUCAAAACAGUUUAAUACUUCCCUGAAAUGUUUCAUAUGGUGUUUUUAUUUUUUGAAGUACUUUGGAAUAUUUUGACCAAUAUUUGCUAAUGCAGGGCCAGCCAUUGUUCAGAAGCUUUCUGGGUAUGAGUGCUUCACCUCAAAUACGUCAAGUUAAAGAACCAGAUCGUGUUUAUAGACCAAGUCCAAGCAGACAGGGGAGAUCCCAGGCCAAGAAGCUGUGGGCAGAGAAUUAUCCCCAAAUUGCUCAUGUCUUUCUCUCUGCGGUCGGUGGAAACCUUCUCUGUUUAAACACUUUUAAAUGAACACUUUACCUAUUGUCUGCCACAGGAAAACAGGUAACACCUCUGCCUCCAACUGUGUAGUACUUCAUUCUGCGUCUCUUUUUGGAUGUAUUUUCAGUGAAAUUAUAUCGAUACUAAAAGAGAAAUAUUAACAUAGGUCUAGAAACAAACCGCAUCCAUAUUGAUAUCUGUUUUUAUAAAAUCUAUUUUGUCUGCCCGUCAUCCUCUAGACUUCAUGUGGACUCUGUAAUGGCUGGUUCUACCACAAGGAGGUGGUGUGGGACAUGUCUGACAUCUGUAAACCUUGGGUCUAUCAUGGAGGUUAGUCGGGACAACCCAGAAUGAGACGGAAUGGAAGACACACACAGACUCAGUUAUCUAAUUUCCAUCGCUUAGCACUCUGCCAAAGUCAUCUGUCGUCUCUAGUAGUGUUGUUCUGUUUAGUUUGGACAGUCCCUUACUGCCAAGUAAAACCCUAUAAUAGUAUAUUACACAGAAUGAGCCCGGCUAACAGUAUGUGAAUCAGUGGCACAUGUAACAGUAGUCGUGCCAAGUCUAACUGGGCAGCAGGAGCGGGUGCACUGUGAACACAUCCAACCGCUCUGUGGGACCAGUGUGUGAAACCAGCCACUCAAGUCCCCGGCCAACACCGAUAAAAUCCCAAACCAUCAGUGUUUCGCUCUAGACAAUUCUCCCUUUUGUUGUUCCACAGCAUUAAACAGUAAUAAUGACUAUAGUUUAUAUACUAGAUUGAUUUAUCAAGGAUGGUGGCCAAAUUGAACAUCCUAUAUAUUGCUAUAAUAAAUGUUCACUCGCGUUAGGCUGAGAUAUUAAGACCUCUUUACUUGUCUUUGUACUGGUGCAAGUAGGCCUAUGGACCCACCAAGAAGUAAACAUCUGACGUUUUUCUUUUUUACAUGGCAUCAAUUUGGUGUCUUUCAAUUAUAGGAUCAUUUGAAUUUUGAUUAUAGAAUGUUGAAUGAUUUGCAGGAAAUGCUCAAUAUUGUUUCAAUUUUCAGCUGAAUGUGAUAUAUGCAUUAAUGUAAUUCACAUUAUCAUUAAGAAUAAAGGACUGUUCAAUCAGA